GAAUGCUCCUGGGGAUGUUCAUUUGCAUAGUUGCCUUUCACCAUGUGCCAACAGUAGCAGAGACCGGCUGACUUCAGUGUGCAUGUGGUAGUCAUGAGAGUGGUACUUCCUAACCCAGGACUGGACCUCCGGAUCCUCAGCCAUGAAGAUCUGGAGAGGAUGGAAAAGGAGGAGGCUGCGGACAGACCAGAAUGGGACAACAAAGCCCAGUACAUAUUAACAUGUGUGGGUUUCUGUAUUGGGCUUGGCAAUGUGUGGCGUUUUCCUUAUUUAUGUCAAAGUCAUGGAGGAGGUGCCUUUCUGAUCCCCUACCUGAUCCUGCUGCUAGUAGAAGGAACGCCUCUCCUGCUGCUGGAGUUUGCCAUCGGCCAGCGUCUCAGGAAAGGCAGUGUGGGGGUUUGGAGGGCCAUCAACCCCUACCUGACUGGUGUUGGUAUCGCCUCCAUGCUGGUGUCUUUACUGAUUGGACUUUACUACAACACCUUAAUAGCCUGGAUCCUGUGGUAUUUCUUCAACUCCUUUCAAGACCCGCUGCCUUGGGCCCAGUGUCCUCUCAAUGAAAAUAGGACAGAAUUUGUGCCAGAGUGUCAACGCAGCACCACUGUGGAUUAUUACUUUUACAGAGUGACUCUGAACAGUUCGACCUCCAUAGCUGACUCUGGAGGACUCCAGUGGCCCAUAGUGCUCUGUCUGUUAGCUGCCUGGACAAUCGUCUGUAUCUGCUGCAUAAGAGGAAUUAACACCUCAGGCAAGGCAGUCUACGUCACAGCCAUCCUGCCUUACAUAGUGCUGGCCAUCUUCCUGAUCCGAGGACUUACUCUCAAAGGCUCCCUGAGUGGAAUAAAGUUCCUCUUCACACCAGACGUCAAUGAGUUGAUUAAACCGACAACUUGGCUCGAUGCAGGUGCCCAGGUCUUUUAUUCCUUUGGUUUGGCAUGGGGAGGACUCAUCUCCUUCUCAAGCUACAACCCUGUCCACAACAACUGUGUGCAAGAUGCUGUGAUCCUGUCCGCUAUAACUGGCCUCACCUCCAUCUAUGCUGCCACAGUCACCUACUCCAUCAUUGGCUUCAGGGCCACUGAGAAAUAUGACACCUGUAUCAGCGAAAACAUCAUGACAUUAUUGAAUGCAUUUAAUCUUCCUGAGGACAGCAUCACUACAAGCAACUACGACACAGCCUUGAAUCACCUGAACAGCUCCUCUCCUGAUAUUAUUCUCAGACUGGACAUCAAAACCUGUGACAUGCAUAAACUUCUCAGUGAGGGAGUGGAGGGAACAGGUCUGGCCUUCAUUGUUUUUACAGAAGCCAUCACCAAGAUGCCUGGUUCCCCAGUCUGGUCUGUUCUCUUCUUCAUCAUGCUUCUCUGUCUGGGACUCUCAACCCUGUUUGGCAACGUGGAGGGAGUGGUGGUCCCCUUGAGAGACUUGAAUGUAUUUCCUAAAAAGUGGCCUCAUGAAGCACUGACUGGAGUUACAUGUGCUGUCGCCUUCAUCAUUACCCUCCUGUUUGCACAGCAUUCAGGAAUUUAUUGGGUCUCUCUCUUUGAUAAUUUUGCUGGAUCUGUUCCACUACUGACCACUGGAUUGUUUGAGAUGAUAGCUGUAGUUUACAUCUACGGCAUAGACAGGUUCAACAAGGACAUAAAGUUCAUGGUUGGACAUAAGCCCUCCAUCUUCUGGCAGAUUUCGUGGAGGUUCACUAGUCCUCUAAUUGUCCUGGUUAUCUUAGUUUUCUACCUGGUCUCUCAAGCCCAACAAGAACUCACCUAUUUAGUCUGGGACCCCGACUCUGAUCAGUUUCCAUCUCUGGCAUCGGUGCCUUACCCCUCAUGGAUCAGCGCAAUCAUCUUCCUUUUGGCGGGAGUUCCCAGUCUGGCAGUACCUCUGUAUGCAUUAUGGAGGCUGGUCACAGUGAGCUGCAGAAAAAAAUAUCAUGCAGAGAACAAUUGAACCAAAUAUCCAAAAUUGUUUACAUGAAGUAUAUUUUGAGAAUACAGCAGAAUACUACAUAAAAACUCAUCACUGUGUAUCAAAGUAAUGCAUCUAGAAGUUUUUUUUUCCAUGAAAGCAUUCACUUUGUGACUUAAAAUGUCUUUGGUGAAACACUGUUACUUUAGAAUGUGCAGAUCUAUAUAACUCCCACCUCUCUCUCCAACCACCCCUCAUCGCUCAUUGCUGCUCGAGCACACCAGCUCACCCAUGACUGCUACUCAAUGCUACAAAGUAACAAGUUGGAAUUUUGGACUAAUUCAUUAAAACAUGUUUUAAAUUCAUUCUGCAGAAGAAUAACUGCCUAUUUUGCUCAUGAUGUGUCAUCCAGCAUAUAAAAAACAAUAUAUAGACAUGUUACCAAGGUAAAAAUGUUAUUUAAAUUCUAAUGUUUUGUUUACUAGUACUCAUAUUUCUGUUUUCUAUCCAGACAUGUUUUAUGGACACUAAUCCUGUUAAAAGAGAGGUUAUCCUCCGUUUAUAGCUUUGCUGUUGACAUCAUUUUUGUUUCUGUGACAUUAAAUUUGGCUUCUGCAACAAAUAACAGUAACAAAUAAAAGGUUUUAACCAGAA